AUGAAAACUGAAGUCUCGACCAAGUACGGUAUAGUCAUAGACUCGGGGUCUUCGGGUUCACGGAUCCAGAUCUACAAAUGGGAGGAUCCAGCGGCCUUGAAGGCGUCCCAAGAUUCCAAGCUUCUCAAAUCACCUCCAAAAAUAGUCCAAGAAAGAGACUGGACCCUCAAAACUACUCCCGGCAUUUCGACGUUUAACACUCCUGCAAAGGUCUCCAAGAUAUGGUCCGACCACUACUCCAAGUUGAUUGAGUUUGCUCAGGGAAUCAUUCCUGCGUCCCAGCACGGCGACACCCCCAUUUUCAUCUUGUCCACUGCUGGUAUGAGAUUGUUGUCUCCAGAUAAGCAGACUGCCAUUCUCAAAGAAACUUGUGCCGUCAUAAGACAAAACACCAACUUCUACCUCCCAAACUGUGGCGACUACAUCCAGAUCAUAGAUGGUAAAACAGAAGGAAUGUAUGGAUGGCUAGGCUUGAAUUACCUCAUGGGUCAAUUUGACGAGUACGAUCUGUCUGCAGAAAAGCAUGAAUCCAUUGGUUUCAUGGACAUGGGUGGUGCUUCUAGUCAAAUUGCCUUUGUGCCUUCUUCCAAAGAGGAAUUGGAGAAGCAUAACGAAGACUUAUCCUUAGUCACCUUGAGAAACAUCAAUGGUGAUACUCAAAAGUGGAAUGUAUUUGUGGAAACUUGGUUGGGGUUCGGGGCCAACGAGGCACGUAAUCGUUUCUUAAAAAGUCUUAUUAGUUUGGCGUCCUAUGAGAAUGAUAACGCUAAAGACAUCAAUGACCCCUGUUUACCAAAGGGUGCUUCCUUCGAAUACACCUACAUGGAUAAGAAGUAUAAUAUCAAGGGUCUUGGAAACUAUGAAAUGUGUCUUAAGAACACAUAUCCAUUGCUCAUGAAAAAUAUUCCGUGUGAAAGUGAACCUUGUCUCUUUAACGGGGUUCAUGGUCCCAAAAUGAAUUUUGACGCAGACAAGUUUGUCGGAAUCUCUGAAUAUUGGUACACCGCCAAUGACAUUUUCCAAAGCGGAGGUGAGUACAAUUAUCACAAGUUCAACGAGAAAGUCAAAGAAUAUUGUGAGAGUGAUUGGUCCCAGAUUUUAGAGAAUUCAAAGGAGGGAAAAUAUUCGGGUUUGGAUCCUAACACGUUUCUCAGAGAUGCCUGUUUUAAAGCCAACUGGGUGUUGAAUGUUUUGCACGAAGGUUUUGAACUCCCAAGAUUAGGAUUAGAAGUCCCCGACAACGGUGCAACCCCAGAUGAUGUUCUCAAUGAACAUGUCCCUUUCAAGUCAACAGACUCUGUGAAUGGUGAAGAAUUGUCUUGGACUUUAGGGAAGAUUUUGUUAUUCGCGUCCUCGCAGAUUGAUGCCGAAGGUUCGUCGGGUGACUCCCUUGAAGUUGGGAUAUUUCCAAGUGAAAUCUCAGGUAAACCAUUCAUACCUGGAGGUGGCUCCCUUAAGAAUUAUAGUAGUGAUGAUGACAGUGACAAUGAAGGAAACUCAUCAUCAUUUGGGAUACUUUCAGUUCUAUUAUUCUUCAUUUUAUUAUUGGCUCUUUACCAGCUUAGAUCCAUUAACUGGGACAAGUACAACUACAAAUUCAAAAGGCUUACUGCACCAGUAAGAAAUUUUGCUUUUGCAGUGGGAUCUAGAAUCCCUAUUGUUGAUAAAUUCGCUCACAAGUAUGAGGAAAUUAAUUUGCAGAAUGACGUGAAUAUUAAUCUCGAAGAAGGUCUCAUGUCUUCAUUAUCUACAAGUCCCAAAUUGCAGCAAACUUCAGUGUUGAGGACAAGGCUGAACAUCAACUUGAAUGAUGGAGAUGGAGACUCGGAAUAUUUGCAACUGCCUCCAAUUCCAAGGAGCUUUAGUAGCUUAAAUACUCCAAAUGGGUUUACUAAUUUCAACAAACCUUUCGUGGUUCCAAAGAGAAAUGCAUCAUUCUAUCACUCGGAAAAUACGAGUAGAGAGAGUUUCAGGAAAAGUUGA